UUUUUAUUUUUUUAAAGUUUUUUCUCUUUUUUGUUUUUGGGUAUUUUUCUCCCAUCAUCACAGUCCAAAGCUGCAACGGAAUCGCCAUAGAUGGCAGCGGGAUAAGAGAGCAUGCACCUCCCACUCCUUCCCAGUUUCAAGCAAAACUGUGACAGGGGAGAGAGAGAGAGAGAGAGAGAGAGAGGGAUCAAUGAUGAUGAUGAGUGUUUAUGUGGGGGUUCGUUCUUUCAUCGAAAGGUCGGUUUCUUUCCAUGAAAAUGCAUGGAGAUAAAACCAAGCAACCUUAGAUCAUAGCAAUACAUAUCCAUCGCUCGAUCAAAAAAAAAAAAAGCUUUGGGCCGCGUGCUUGGUUUCUUCUCCCUCAGCCCCACACUAGAUAGCCAAGGAGGAACUCCUCUCCCUCUCUCCCUCUUUUUGCAGGCUUUGUUCCCCUUUGAUUGAUUCUUCUUAUGCCCCCUCCUCGUCCCGCUCUCUUCCCCACCUCUGCUCCAAUGUCUCGUCUUUACUCAGCUGUAAGCUGAGAUCCCAUGAACGUGAAAUGUUAUUAUUCUCCACCACCACCACCUCCUCCUCCUCCUCCUCUUCGUCCUCUGUUUUUGGUGGAUGGUGAAGAAGUAAGGGACUAGUUCCGAGAGGAGCUCGUUCUUGGGGCUUUGUCCAGCUCCAAUGAUGGGUACCACCGUCGAGGGGAAGAUCAAAACUCUUCAGCCGCAGCAGCCCUCUACUCUGCUUGAAGAAAUGAAGCUGCUGAAGGAAAUGCAGGAGCAAUCUGGGUCAAGGAAGUCUAUUAACUCGGAGUUAUGGCACGCAUGCGCCGGUCCUCUUGUGAGCUUGCCUCAGCUGGGCAGUCUAGUCUAUUACUUCCCCCAGGGCCAUAGCGAACAGGUUGCAGUUUCGACGAGAAGAUCUGCUACCUCACAGAUUCCCAAUUAUCCGAAUCUCCCAUCUCAGUUGAUGUGCCAAGUUCACAAUGUGACACUCCAUGCAGACAAAGAGACCGAUGAAAUCUACGCCCAGAUGAGCCUUCAACCCGUGACUUCAGUAAGUGAAAAUCCCCUGUCUUGCUCUCAAGUCUCAGCAAAUGCAAGAGCAAUGAAAGAUUUGAGUUUGUUUCCAUUUUUGCGUCAGGAAAAGGAUGUAUUUCCUGUUCCCGACUUUGGACUAAAGCCCAGCAAACACCCGAGUGAGUUCUUCUGCAAGACCCUGACUGCAAGUGACACUAGCACACAUGGUGGCUUCUCAGUGCCCCGAAGGGCAGCAGAGAAGCUCUUCCCUCCAUUGGACUACACAAUGCAGCCACCAACUCAAGAACUUGUUGUGCGAGACUUGCAUGACAAUACCUGGACUUUUCGACAUAUCUACCGUGGGCAGCCAAAACGACACCUUCUUACGACUGGCUGGAGUUUGUUUGUUGGUGCAAAACGGCUCAAAGCAGGCGAUUCUGUUCUGUUUAUUAGGGACGAAAAGUCACAAUUACUAGUAGGUGUGAGGCGAGCAAAUCGGCAGCAAGCAACAUUACCUUCAUCAGUUUUAUCUGCUGAUAGCAUGCACAUUGGGAUCCUUGCUGCUGCCGCACAUGCUGCUGCAAAUCGAAGCUCGUUCACCAUUUUCUACAAUCCAAGGGCAUGCCCUUCAGAGUUUGUUGUUCCAUUGGCCAAGUACCGAAAAGCCAUAUAUGGGACCAGGAUUUCAGUUGGCAUGAGGUUUGGAAUGAUGUUCGAGACUGAAGAGUCAGGAAAGCGCCGAUACAUGGGUACGAUCAUUGGUAUCAGUGACUUGGACCCGCUAAGGUGGCCAGGGUCUAAGUGGCGUAAUCUUCAGGUAGAAUGGGAUGAACCAGGGUGUGUUGACAAGCAGAAUCGAGUCAGUCCAUGGGAAAUAGAGACACCUGAGAGUCUCUUCAUCUUUCCUUCUCUGACUUCGGGUCUCAAACGGCCAUUCUUGGCUGCAGAAACUGAAUGGGGGAAUCUGAUAAAGAGACCUCUAAUGCAGUUUCCUGAGAAUGGAAGCGGGACGGUACUUCCGUAUCCUUCAGUCUCAAACCUAUGUUCGGAACAGCUGAUGAAAAUGAUGAUGAAACCUCCUCAGAUGGCUUGUUUCCCUCCUAUUCCUCGAGAUGCUGAUUCAAAGAUAGUAGUCCCUCUACAAGAGUUAAAUAACACCAGAUCGGAGACAGUAAAUCAGAAACAAGACCAAUCUAGAGCAAUAAGCUCAUCCCCAGAAGUAGAUGCAACGGUAAAGGCCGAAUCUCUGGCCAAAGCUGAAAACCAAGCAUCAGAGGCUGAGAAGUCCAAGUUGGAUCCUGACAACAAGAUCGGCCCGGCCCCAUUGAACCAGGCGCCUCCAGUGGGAGAGAGUAAUGAGGGGAAUGUACCGACAGGCCUCUGCAAUCAGCACAACAACCAUAUAAGCCCGUUGAAUAUCCCUAAUCAGAACCAAGCUCCGGUCGUGUUACAACCAACUUCAUCGCCUGCACUGCAACCAAUUGAUGCACUGCAUACUGAUCCAAAUGGCCUGCAGGGAUCAUCUGCGCUGAUAACUGCAGAUGAAUGGAUUUUAAACCCUGCCAUGGCCCAAUCCUUAGCUGGACUUAUGAGACCGCAGGGCACAUUACCUGUCCUCGGUAUGCAAGAUCCAUCAUCAAGCUUUAUGGACCCCAUUUCGCAGAUCCUACCUUCUAUGGGUCCUGAGAUGUGGGACCCAAGUGGCAACUUUCGGUACUUAUCCCAGGUGGACCAGCUGACUCCACUUCCAGAACAAGAUCCAGCAAACCUCUGCUGCAUAUCUAAUUCUGUCAGUGUCAGGGAUUUAUCGGAUGAGAGCAAUAAUCAGAGUGGGAUCUAUAGUUGUUUCAAUGGAGGUAGCUCUGUGGUUGAUCCCUCUGUGUCAAGUGCCAUUCUGGAUGAGUUUUGCGGUAUGAAGGAUGCCAGGUUCCAGAAUCCUUCAGAUUGCAUGAUCGGAACGUUUAGUUCCAGUCAGGAUGUUCAGUCCCAGAUCACCUCCGCAAGUCUUGUGGAUACUAAGCCAAUUUCUCGGCAUGACUUCCCAGAUAAUUCCGGAGUCACGUCCUCGAGCAAUGUGGACUUUGACGAUAGCAAUAUUCUGAAGAACAGUUGCUCGUGGCAGCAAGUUGCUCCUCCUCCACCUAUGCGCACUUACACCAAGGUUCAGAAGGCGGGAUCAGUUGGAAGGUCGAUCGAUGUCACAAACUUCAAGAACUAUGAGGAGCUGUUAUCUGCAAUAGAGUGCAUGUUUGGGCUCGAGGGGCUGCUGAAUGAUCCAAGGGGAUCGGGGUGGAAGCUGGUCUAUGUCGACUACGAAAAUGAUGUUCUUCUUGUCGGAGAUGACCCUUGGGAGGAGUUUGUGGGCUGCGUCCGCUGCAUCCGGAUUCUCUCCCCUGCAGAAGUACAGCAGAUGAGCGAAGAGGGGAUGAAGCUUCUUAACAGCGCUACGGCACAUGGAAUUAAUAUUUAAUAUUGCCACAUGAAAUAGUAUAUGAGAUUGAAAACGAGGCCGAACAUGGUAUUGAAGAUUCUCAACCUCUAGUGACUGUCUUCACGUUAAGUCGCAAUGAUCAAGGGGCAAGACAGGAUCAGGGAAGGCACAUUGGCUUGGGUACAGCAGAAGAAUUGUGGUCCCAUGUAAUCCGUAUGAAUGUUGUAGAUUCAUUUCUGCAGGUUGUGAAACUUAGCAAAUGAAUGAAAGUAGUUAUCGAUUGGAUGAUUCUCAAUA